AUGGGAAACGUUGUCCUGAAAGGGAAGAAACACACAGAAGUAUCUAGACCCCUCGUGGGCACGUUUGCGCAGAGACCACCCGAGCUUGUCGGAGAGGACAUCGUUUUUCCGUGGAAGGCGAAGCUGUGGUGCCCGAAGGACGGAUCCGGAUCUGUGCACGGCUACUCCCUCCAAGAGGUGCGCGAGCUCAUCGAGAACUACCAGGGGCGCGAACUUCGACUUCCAGGAGGGCCAGCUGCAUAUGCUGCGGCUCAAGAAAUCGUGCGUAAGUCGGUGCAGAAGUGGAGGGUGCCUGCCACGACCUGCAUCAACCAUGUCGCAGCUGAGUUGUGCGAGCUCAUCGAAAACACUGUGGCUGCUCAUGCACGCGGCUAUCCGCGGCUCGAGAAGGAACUUCGGACUGCAUUGCUGAGUGAGGCUACGAGGGCCACUGAGGAGUGCCAUCGUGCCAAGGAGAAGCUCCUGAAACAGGAGCUGUCUGAGGAUCUGUUCACCCAGAACGAACACUACCUGACCGACAGUUUUGACAAAAUGCAAGGCAUGCUGAAGCAAGAGCUGGGCUACACCGUCGACUGGACAAAAUUGGACGACAAAGAGAAGAACGACCUUCGUGGUUUGCUGGCGAAGAGUGGCAUCAAGAACCCCCAACAGCUCGCUGAACCCAGCGAGGACGAUGAUGCCAUCUGGUGCAUGUCUUCCUCUUUGGCAUACCACAAGGCGCAUGACUUGAUGUUGCUUCUUGUCCGUGGACCACCUAGGACCCGGAGUAGGCCCUCGUGUCCUUUUUUUAGGGUUGGGGUUCCCUUACAACCCCCUUAA